AUGUCUCUAGCCGUGCAGUCACAGACCUGGUUCCCCACGCACGUCCAGGUCACUGUCCUCCAAGCCAAGGGCCUGAGGUCAAAGGGCAAAGCGGGGACCAAUGAUGCGUACGCCAUCAUCCAGCUGGGCAAGGAGAAGUACUCGACCACCGUGGCCGAGAAGAGCCCGGCGCCGGUAUGGAAGGAGGAAGCCAGCUUCGAGGUGCCCCUCCUGCAUAACAACAACCAGGAGCGCUGCACCGUGCGGGUCAUCGUCAUGCACCGGGCCCUGGUGGGGAUGGACAAGUUCCUGGGCCAGCUGGACCUCAACCUCUGGGAGCUGCACCAGACCAAGAACCGCAGAAAAGUCCAAUGGUAUCCCCUGAAGUCAAAGUCUGGAAAGAAGGAAAAAGAACGUGGCCAGAUUGAAGUGGAAGUAGAGUUCAAAAGGAACAACAUGACUGCUAGCAUGUUUGACCUGUCCAUGAAAGAAAAGUCUCGCUCUCCCUUUGGGAAGCUGAAGGAGAAGAUUAAAGGAAAGCGCUCAGAUGGGCUGCCAGAUACUGCAUCAGCCAUUGUUCCAAGCAUGAAUCAGUACGGCGAUGACAGCGAUGAAGAAAUGCCUAAUCAAGAGAAGAAGAAAUCAAAGCUGAAAAACUUAUUUUCUAAACCAGGACUGAAGAAAAACUCCAUGUCUCAGUCCAUGUCUGUCUUGCCCACGCUUCCUCCGUCGCCAUCUCAAAGAACGGUGCUUAGGCCCGGUGAUUUUUCAACUGAAUUCAACCAAGCCUCAGGAUCUCCAGUCUCAGAGAGGCGGUUUCCACAGUUUCCUACAGUCAUGACACACAAAAGAACAGCAAGUGCAGACACCAAGCAGGUGACUUCAGGGAACAAAAAAGAGGGACUUUCCUUUUUCACCGGCCUGAAGUCAAAGAACGACCCAAUCACUCGUUCCAAUUUGUGUAUUAAUGGCAAUCACGUGUACAUGGAAGAGUCUGAACCAAAAAGUGACAGUCCCAAGGACAAUUCUCUGACCAAUUCCCCACAGGUUAUCCGAAGAAAUCCCAUGUAUGCAUCAGCUGAAAAUCUGUCUUCCAAGCUACCCAAGGAAACCUCUACAACAUCUAGUAACCUUCCUGAUAGAGGCAUGAGCUCUUCCAGUUCUAAUUCUUCUCUCAAAUCUGUUGAACUGGCGAAAUCUGAAAGUUCACAAGCCGAAGAUUUCACAUACAAGGGUCCUCAGGUGCCUUCUGAUCUUCCGAAAGAGCCCAAGGAAAGUAAAAAGCAGGAAAACAAAAUGUCCUCCUUACUGUCAUUAGUCACUGGAAGGAAAGAAACCCCUAAAAGCCAAGAUGUUCAGCAAGUCAGUGACCUACCUCUAAAGAAGGACGAACCGAAAACAAAUGGUUCACAACAGCCCACAGAUACGCGAACCAAAAAGAACUCCUCUAACCCGUUUGAGGAAGAUACUGAAGAGGCAAAGAAAUCCGAGCCUUUUCCUCUAGAGAAAAAUGCAAAAACCUCAGCCGUCAAGCCCAGACUGGACGUGUCUUCAGAGGCUGAAACCAAAGCCAGGCUCUCUUCUUCAUCUCUUUCUGGCAUUUCUUUUCUUGCUGCUUCUUUCUAUGGUGGGCAGGGCUCUCCCGAGGCUGAUUUGCAUGAUCCAAGUAACCUACCUCAGAGCACUUACAUCUCUCAGUCACAUAAUGGUUCUCCCCCUCCAGAAAGCCCAACGUUAAGUGAAGGAAAUAAGGAAUCAUCAACUGGUGAGCCUGAAAAUCUUUCGGCACCUCUGUUUUGGAGAUCAGGUGUAAGUUCAAAACAGUCCGAAUCUAAAGACGUGAAUGUUGUUUCCCCGUUUACAGAAAAAAAUAAACCAAAAAAGACUUAUGUGAAGACUCUUCUUGACCAACUCAAAGGCAAAUCCUCACACACUGAGAAUGAAAAUGUAGUUGAUGCAGACUUGGUGAGAGGCAUAUUGCCUGUACUCUCUGAGACAUCAUCUUUUUAUGAAGAACCUGAAACUGUAACUGAGAAGAACUCUACGUCAGGGUUUGGUGGCUAUGAAAGAAAUCAAGAAGACUUUACAGUAGUAUCUACUGAAGUGGAAGAAAAAUCUAAUGACUAUGUAAAAGAAGUCCCAAAGCCAACCCCAAGAGUACAGUCUGCCCCUAAAAAAGAAUCUGAGGAUGAAAAACUAGUGCCACCAAAGCCAGCACCCAGAGCCCCAAAAAUGAAUAAAACUCAAGAUUCUGUGUCUGAUGGUACAACUACCACUCAACCUCCUCAACCUAAGGAGAGCUUGCCAUCUGACAGUGCCAUGGAGAAAGCUUCUCGUGUAGGUGCUUCACCUAUUGAUAGUCUGGUUCAUGCUGGACACAAUUUGACCAACAUGAAAACAGCCACUCCUGUGGUUGAAGACUAUAGUUACAGAUUAGAUGAGCUCCCAGUCAUUCCUGAAAAUCCAGAAGGGACAUCAGAUGAUGAGCAGCUUGAUGACAAGAAGAACGAUCUACAUUCCUCAGUAAAGACAAACAGUGACUCAAGAAUGUAUAAAGAAGAUAGUCAGGUCAUGAGGGAUUUGUCAGAAAAGACAUCAUACAACAAGUCCAAGGACACGGCUGACAAGCUGACCUCUGAAGAGAAAUUUUCUCACAGUAAAGUAAAAGUUGAGAUGCUUGAAUCAGCCCACCAGACUUCACCUGAAACCGUGUCCUCUGUAAACUUUCCUAGCUCUUCCCCCUCUGUUUCUAUUCCAAGUGAUAAGCCUAGUGCUCCUAGGGUAGAGUCAACAACAACCCCAACCCCAACCAUUGACGUUUCUGAUAAAGUGGAAGGCUCUGGCAAGAAGAAGCUGCUGCGGGCAUGGGUUUCACCCUCUGAAACACAUCCAAUCCCUACAGUGCAGAGUGGUGGAACAGUGUCUUCUCGACAAAGAACAAAUCCAGUGAAACCAAUGAACACACAGAACAAAAAUCUUUCCAGUUUCCCACAGCCAAUCAAAAGUCAUGAGCAAGCACUGAACGCCUACAACAGCAAGAAAUAUGACCCCUCAGAUCCUGCCUCUGCCUACGCGGAGCUGACGCACGACGAGCUCAUCCAACUGGUACUGAAGCAGAGGGACAUCCUCCGCAAGAAGGAUAGCCAGGUACGAGAGCUGGAGGAUUACAUCGACAACCUGCUGGUGCGGGUCAUGGAGGCGACUCCCAACAUCCUGAGAUCUGCCAGUAAGAAGGCUGGCAGGAUCUAACCCUGAACUGUACACCUCCAGUCAGAGUACAUGAACGUACAAUACGAAGGAGAUCAUUUUGAAGGUUGCGUGUGGUAAAAUGUUUUGACACUGAAUUCAUGGUACUUAAAGGGGAUAUCCACUUUAUUCCUAUUCCCACCUCCCUUUCCUAUCCCGAUUACACCCGCCUUCCUUCUGUAUGUAGAUGGCUUGUAAACCUCGGCACAUCCAUUCCCGAGAUGGUAUUACUUGUCGUCAUCUGAAAUGGUCUCUACUAUCUAAUCGUACUGACCUCUCUACUAUCCCCUGGAUGUAAGUGCGAGCUGACGUGUGUAUAUUUAUGUGCCUUGUAUAGAACGAACCCGGGGCCGUAAUGUGCCUUCCUCUUAUUUAGCCGAGAGAUGUAUAAGAGAAUCUAUAUUUCUUUAUAAAUAUCAAUAUUUUACCUGGAAAACAAAUGUAUUUUUCUUUUUUUCAUGAACAAAUUUUAUACUGACGUGCACUAAUAAAGUAAGGGUACGCCGCCGAAAAAAGGCGCCAUAUUUCAAGGACAAUCUGUGCUGGGAACUUUAUUAGACUGUUACAGAGUGGUAUUGCUGUUAUUUCUGCUUUCUGACCCUAUAAAUCCUACAACCUGAAUGAUCUGUUCAAUAUAUUACUGUAGAGAGUAUCCGCUCACGGUGAAGACGGACCCCUAUGAAUGAUACGGCAUGUGAUCACGAGCACUGUAAAAUUCACUGAAUCUGGCAUCAAUGAGAAAUAAAAGGUGGCAGAUUAUAACUUUUUUUUUAUUAAAUGUCAGAUGAAACUUGUAUAAUUUGAUAUCUCUAAAUAUUGGGAGCACUUCACUAAUGUAUAGUAUAUUAAGAUGUAGCCAGAUUGACAAUCUUCUUUGCUAAUUAAAUGCCUAGACUAAGAGGCUAGCCAUGCCAGCAGCGUCGCUGUCAGUGUCAAAUGGGUAUUCCAAAGACGAGCUAUUAUUAUUUCACCAACAGUAAUGUUGGGGAGGGGUCCUGAAUGCUGGGGCUCACUUGCUCAGUGAUUUUAAAUAUCUUAUCUGGUUUGAAUAGUUGAAGGGGUCUUCCAGGCUCUUGAUACUGAUGACUGAUCCUCAGGAUACAUUAACCUCCGACAGGCGAGGGUCUGACACUUUGCAGCCCCCACCAUUAGCUGUUCCCUGCAGCCUCCAGUGCACAAAUGGAGCAGGAAGCACAGCUCUGUUCAAAGUGUAGUGGCCGUUCUGGGUACUGCAGUGACAUGAAUGGGAACUGACCUGCAGUAACCCAGCACGGCCACUACACUGUGAGCGGAGCUGUGCUUCCUGCUCCACUCAGAGUUUGAGGUCCCCACUGAUCAGAUAUUAAUGAUGUAUCCUGAGGAUCGGUCAUCAAUAUUAAGAGCCUGGAAGACCCCUUUAAGUGCCUCACAAUAUGCAGUCUCCUUUUACCCUUACACCUCAGGCAGUAUAACUACCAACGUGCCUUCUGAGACACAGGCCCCCAUGCUUUUGUAGCCCACAAAGGGAGCCUAGGUGACCUGUGCUUGUAGAGAUCACAUCACUGUGGCCUAUAGGGGUUGUCUUGGACAUUUACAUGAAGACCUGUCUUUAGGAUCACUACCAGGCACAGCACCUUACACCCGAGGAUAAGCCAUCACGUAAAGUCCCGGACUUCUUCUUUAAGGUUAUUACUGAAUGAUCCUGCUGCUCCCAAGACGCUGAUCUGGGGAAACACUUUUGUGCCUCUACUUGAUGCUGGUUUAAAGUGGCGCCCAUACUGUCCAGCACCUGCUGGCCCCUCUAGCAGCACUUUAUGAAGUAUAUACUGAUAUUAUAAGCUGGCAUUUUUCUCUUUUUGUAGUGAUGAUAUAUUUAUAAAAUUAAUAAAUAUGUAUUUAAAAUUU